AUGGCGUCUCAAGACGAGCCAUGGUUUCUCAAAUCAAAGAAACCAGUAUCCUUUCCCAAGCAUCAGGCCCUCGACUUGUCAAACAAGGACUUUGAUGCCUUUGUGCAGAGCACUGUUGUCGUCGGAAAAAUUUGCAACAAUGUUGCGGUCGCCGCCAAGUCUUCCCCGGAAAAGGAAGAUGACAUUACCAAAACCACAGAGUCAAGCGUCAGUGAUAUUCCGACGCCGCCCUCGACCACUGAAGAUGUCCGUGAGGUCUUGAGCAGCAUGGCUAUUGAAACCACUCAAGACGACAAAAGCAAGCCUGAGGAUGGACCCAUGGUCGAUGUGGAGAACAAGAUGCUCACGGAGAAUGCAGAUGUGGCAUACAGAUCUACCAACAACGCCCUCGUUGAUCUUUUCGCCGAGUUGGAGGAUGUUGUUUCAGGACCACGUCUGAUUGAGCUACUCAAUCUUGCCUGGGACUGCGACCCCGACGUCGCUCUCAAGAUCAUCUACAACGCUCGGUCCAUCCACUUGGGUAAAAGCUCCCGCCACACCUUCUACAGGUGUGCGGGCUGGCUGUUCCAAAAGCACCCAGCAACCCUGGUCACCAACCUGUGCUGGCUGAGCCGCCCGGUCAUUCAGAAGAAGGUAGAAAAGAAAGAGGGCGAGGAUUCCGAGAAGGCAGUCUUUGUCGAAGCCGCCGAGGUUGACGAGAGCGAUCCUGCCCACUACGAUGUCAAGAAUGGUGUGUCGCAUGGGUACUGGAAGGACUUGCUCAACAUCCUUGCCCUUGCCGUCAACGGCAAGCUUGACCCUCUGGCAGAUCCAAAAGAGAUUCUCAACGUGCACCAACGCGAGAAUGAGGAGGUCAGCAGGGUCACCCAGGAACAAGCCAAGGAAAAGCGACGUGAAACCUCGGACUCUCGCCACAAGACGGCCGUGGAAAAGUUUGAAAAUGACGCCAACUAUCGAGCCCUACACUUGGCUGUUGCCAGACUGUUUGCCGAGCAGCUCAAGGCUGACCUCGGACGCCUACGAGGCGACGAGCCACAGGGUAAGCGAAACAUCUCGCUGUGUGCCAAGUGGGCGCCUUCUGCGGGACGGUUUCAUGACAGACACACCUACAUCACCUCGACGAUUGCCGAGAUUCUAGCCCGUUCGUCAGCCGGAGAUGAAACCGGCAAGGACCGCGAGCAUUUUAUACGCCACGCCCGUGAGGGAUACCGAAAGGAUGUUUCUGCCCUUCGCAAGGAGCUGGAAGUGGUGGAGCGGGACAUUUCGGCAAACACGUUUGAGAACAUACAAUACGACCGCGUGCCCUCUAUCGCCAUGCAAAACUAUACCCCGAUCUUUGUCAAAAAGGAUGAGAAGCGCUUCGAUGAGUACAUGACCAAGGUGGCAGAAGGGUCGGCCAGCAUCUCCGGGGCCGUCUUAUCCCCGAGUGUACUAGUCAAGAGCGUCCAGAAUAGAUACAUGUCCACUGGCGGUCGUGUCAGGAACAAAAACACACGGGUGGAGAAGAAGAUGGCAGAGAUGCAAAUGAAAGUAGCAGACGGUCAGUGGAAGACUCUGGUGCAGCGGAUCCGGGACAGCGGCACGCUCGACAACAGUAUCGCCGUCUGCGACGUCAGCGGGAGCAUGGAAUAUCCUGAAUUCAAGGACGGGACCUGCCCCAUGGACUCGGCCAUUGGUUUAUCGUUGCUCGUUGCCGAGGUUUGUAGACCUCCAUUCGACGGCACCUUCAUCACAUUUAGCACAAACCCAUCUAUUCAGUCUGUUGAUCUGAAGGCCUCAUUUUCUCAAAAAGUGAUGGCCAUGAAGCGGGCUAAUUGGGGUGCAAGCACCGACUUUGUCGCCGUGUUUGAGAAGCUUGUGCUGCCCAUGGCGGUGAAGAACCAGAUCAGACCAGAGGAUAUGGUCAAGCGGGUGUUUGUGUUUUCGGACAUGCAGUUCAACAAGGCGGACCUGGCCGAAAAUGAAUACAAUGCAGACGGAAGCUUCAAGAACAGCAACACCAAGUGGUCGACCAGCUACGAGCGGAUUCAAAAAGCAUACCGCGCCGCCGGCUACGACAUGCCCGAGCUUGUGUUUUGGAAUCUAGCGGGCGGCAGGGCGGGGGUGACGGGAGACGGCGACCCGACGGCACCCAAGCCCGUCACCGCAGACAUGGAGGGCACGGCGUUGGUUAGCGGUUACAGCCAGGGGAUGCUCAAGGUGUUUUUGGACGGUGGUGGUUUUGAGGAUCCUGAAGACCAGGACGAGGAUUUGAUGGAAGUUGUGAAGGGUGAGGAUGGAGAGGAGGUGGAAGUCCAAGAGCACAAGAGGCGCAGGAAUGAUCCGCUUGACAUUGUGCGCAAGGCGGUCAGCCACCAGGCAUAUUCAAUGUUGAAGGUUGUGGAUUGA